AAAACUUUUCCCUUGCUUGACGUAAAAAUUUCCUGUAAUUGCCACGUAUCAACUCUUACAUUGUAAUUAGCUUAUAUCAUCUUGGUUUUGAUUGAUUUCUAGACAUGAGAGUAAGUUUUUACAGCAAAAGUUUUAUUAAUUCACCAUUUUUAUAAAGAAACAAUUCUUCUCAUCUGAGAUAUAGGGAGAACAGAAGACUUAGUUGACGACGAAGAUCAGAAUACCCUGAUAUUCAAGCAGUAAUUUUAUGCAUUUUUUGUCUAGAUGAAUUUCUUUUCAAAAGAAAGAAAUCGACGCCGAAAAGAGGAAUUAUUUAUCAGGAAUGGAAAAAUUUUAUUGGAACGGUUCAUUAAGUCUUGUAAUGGUAAAUGUAAUCCGAUCCGUAGCUUCAGUGCUGAAGAGAUCAAGAUAGCUACAAACAACUAUGAUCCACAGAAUAUUAUAACAAAAGACGGCUACUACAACUUGUACGAAGGUUUUCUGCAGGACCGACAAGUUUCUGUUAUGAAGUUUACAGAUGAGGGGGGCGCAGAAGGAGGUUUUAAUACCAUUGUAUUUGCAUCACAAAUGAGGCACAAAAAUAUUUUGAAGUUGAUUGGAUGUUGUUUAGAGAGUCAACUUCCCACUCUAGUUUUUGAAUCUGCUCAGCGUUUGACUCUCGCUAAUCGUAUUUACAGUCCAGGUGAACCACAUUUGUCAUUAACAGAGAGGUUAAAGAUUGCAAUGGAGAUAGCUAAUGCAAUUGCAUAUCUCCAUUGUGGGUUCCCUCGACCUAUUGUUUCUAGAACGAUCAAAUCAUCAAAUAUUGUGUUCCAUGGAGAAAAUAUUGCAAAAUUAUUUGAUUUUGAAUUGUCCAUGUCUAUACCAGAAGGUGAGACUGAAAUAGAAGAUUCUGUGAAAGGGACCGAUGGAUAUGCUGCACCUGAGUAUGUUGCAACAGGUAUAUUCAAUGAAAUGUCUGAUGUGUAUGGCUUUGGUACAUUGCUACUUGAGCUUUUAACUGGAAAAAGGGCCAUCAAUGUUAAUGGACAAGAUGAAUCAUUGGAGCAUCGUGUGGUGUCGUUGCAGGAUUAUGUGAAGAUACACAUUGCGCGGAAUGAUUUUACCAAAAUAAUAGAUCCCAAAAUUGUUGCCACUGUAUUAACUCCUGAAAUGGAAGAGCAAUUGCAAGCAUUUCCAGAGCUUGCCCUCAAAUGUCUAAAUUGGUCAGCCGGAGAUAGGCCAACUAUGAUUGAUUUAGCAAAACAACUCAGGAACAUGUAUAAAUCUGCAUGUCAAAUAAUGUCUUGAAACAGAUGCUCGUAAUUACAAAAUUCUGAUAUUUAAUGUAUUUAAAAUGCGUUUGUAAUGGACCUAUCCUUCAUAUUUUAUGUUCUGGUAUUUAUAUUA